UGUCACUUCCGUGUAGUACUGUGACGAGAUUUACUAGGAAAUGAACAAGGGACAACCAUCCCUCUGGUGAUGGGGGCCGAUAGCGGUCCUGGUGGUCCCCCUGCGGUCCCCUGGCGCAAAGUGCUGUACGAGCGCCAGCCAUACCCGGACAAUUAUGUUGACCCCCGCUUCCUGGAGGAUCUGAGGCGAAAUGUCGGUGUUCGCCAGUACCGAUACUGGAAUGUGGUGCGCGAGGCUGGUCUGGUGUCCCAGCAGGUGUCCUGCGUAUCCUUGUUUGUCACGCUGUGGUCUUACAUGGAGCAAGGACAUCUCUCUCCCUCUACGUUACUGUCCGCUGGACUGCUGAGCUCCCUGGUGGGGUAUGGACUCUACAAGGUGCUGGGUGGCAGCAGAAGUGACGACCGUUCAUCGUGGGCCGAUCUUCAGAGUGCCGCAAUCUUUUUGGCCUUCACGUUCGGCUUCUCCCCGGUGCUGAAAACUCUCACCGAGUCAGUCAGCACAGACACCGUGUACGCCAUGUCUGCGAUGAUGCUCUUGGCUCACCUGGUGUCCUUCCCUUAUGCCCAGCCCAGCCCCCCAGGUAGCCUCUCUCUCAACGCAGCCCUAUUCGCCUCCGUCUGUCUGGCGUCGCGCUUGCCAGGGGCGCUCCACACCUUUGCCAUGCUGACUUGUGCCCUGCUGGUCUUUGCUUUGUGGCCUUGUCUAUUGCACCGGUUGACGGAGCACGCACCGUGGAGCUUCCCCUGGAUCACCAGCCUGGUGUCAAUAGGUGGAGUGAUGGGCCUGGGCUCCCUCUGGCCUACAGGGUCUCUGCUGCUGGCAUCGGCCCUCCUCACACUCACCCUGAUCUGCCCUCUGCUUCUCGUACGCCUACAGAGGCACAAGGACAACAUCCACGGGCCCUGGGACGAGGCGGUGAUUCGGGAAGACCUUUCUCACUUUUUGAACUGAGACAGAGGGGCUGUAACAAAGUUGCCAUUUUGUUAUCAGUCUUUGACACUGAAAGGGCUUACAGUGAUUGACUAAAAUGAUUGUUGCCAAGUUGUCCCUUUUUAAAAACAUUUAGGGUUAAUCUGUUUUUAGUAGACAUGGAGUAUUGUUGCACUGAGGCAUCUCAGUUCUCAGGAGUACGCUCUAAACAUUCCCAAGAAAGAGACUUUUAUCCUUCCAUUUGACUUACUGUAGACCUACUCUGCUGUAUGGAGUGGAACAUCUGAUUAAUAUUGUCCCAAGUAACUUCAGUAUUAAUCAUUAAAAUAAAUGGGCUUUAACAUAUUUUUUAAAAUGCUAAAUAAUAAAGAUAUUUUGUGUA